GGGGACAGAGCUUUGGGAAACGCUGGGGAGCGACGGCUGCGGUGGCUGGGCGCGCCUGGUCUCUUUCUUUUCUUCUACUUUUUCCCCUCCUUGUCGUCAGUCCAGAGUUUUGGCUCCUCUCCUUCCCCCCUCCCCCUCAGAGCCGGCUGGUCCCCCGCCCCGUCUCUCCCCCACUUGUGUACGCUAUUUGUUGGAGGGGGGUGACCGAAGGGGAUGUCCUGUUUUCAGCAGAGGCACAGCGCGAAGGGGAAACUUCGACAUUGGAAAGAACGACAAUAAAUACCUAAAUACGGACCGACGGACCCGCCGCUGGGACAGACACUUGAACUUCAGGAUCCCGAGGCGAUCAGGGCGGCAGGAGAUAGUCCAUUUUUAAUCGAAGGAGGCUGCUUCUACUUGGGGUGGCAGGAGACGUGAGAAAACCCCAUGGAAGACUCCCAGGACUUAAAUGAACAAUCAGUAAAGAAAACCUGCACAGAAUCAGAUGUUUCAGAACCUCAGAAUUCCAGGUCUAUGGAAAUGCAGGACCUAGCAAGUCCUCAUCCUCUUGUCGGAGGUGGUGAUGCCCCUGGUAGCUCCAAACUGGAGAAAGCGAAUCUCAGUAGCACAUCCGUCACCACAAAUGGGACAGGAGUGUCUCUCCUUGCAGUCAAAACAGAGCCUUUGAACAGCAGUGAAACCACAACCACGACUGGAGAUGGAGCGCUUGACACUUUUACUGGGUCAGUAAUAACAAGUAGUGGCUACAGUCCCAGAUCAGCACAUCAAUAUUCCCCACAGCUCUAUCCUUCCAAGCCCUAUCCACACAUUCUUUCUACACCAGCAGCUCAAACAAUGUCUGCCUAUGCAGGCCAGACUCAGUAUUCGGGAAUGCAGCAGCCAGCGGUCUACACAGCCUACUCACAGACAGGACAGCCCUACAGCCUGCCCACUUACGAUUUGGGUGUGAUGUUGCCAGGCAUCAAGACAGAGAGUGGACUUCCACAAACUCAGUCUCCGUUACAGAGUGGGUGCCUCAGUUACAGCCCAGGGUUCUCCACCCCACAGCCAGGCCAGACACCUUAUUCUUACCAGAUGCCAGGUUCUGGAUUUGCACCAUCAUCUACUAUUUAUGCAAAUAAUUCAGUUUCCAAUUCAACAAAUUUCAGUGGAUCACAACAGGAUUAUCCAUCCUACACAGCCUUUGGCCAAAACCAGUAUGCACAGUAUUACUCCGCAUCAACGUAUGGAGCAUAUAUGACAUCAAAUAACACAGCUGAUGGCACAUCAUCCUCAACCUCAACCUAUCAGUUGCAGGAAUCUCUCCCAGGACUGACUAGCCAACCAGGUACAGAUCUUCAUCCAGGAGAGUUUGAUACCGUGCAGAGCCCCUCCACACCCAUUAAAGAUCUCGAUGAGAGAACAUGUAGGAGUUCUGGGUCAAAGUCCCGAGGAAGAGGCCGGAAAAAUAACCCUUCACCACCUCCCGACAGUGACUUGGAGCGUGUGUUUGUCUGGGACUUGGAUGAAACCAUCAUUGUUUUUCAUUCACUGCUCACAGGUUCCUAUGCCCAGAAGUACGGCAAGGAUCCUCCCAUGGCUGUAACCCUUGGACUCCGAAUGGAGGAAAUGAUUUUUAAUCUUGCUGAUACACAUUUAUUUUUUAAUGAUUUAGAGGAGUGUGAUCAAGUUCAUAUAGAUGAUGUCUCCUCUGAUGAUAAUGGGCAGGACCUAAGUACCUACAGUUUUGCAACUGAUGGCUUCCAUGCAGCUGCAAGUAGUGCAAACCUUUGUUUGCCAACAGGUGUAAGAGGAGGGGUUGACUGGAUGAGGAAGUUGGCUUUUCGUUACAGAAGAGUAAAAGAAUUAUACAACACCUACAAGAACAAUGUCGGAGGACUGCUUGGCCCUGCCAAGAGAGACGCGUGGCUGCAGCUGAGGGCCGAGAUUGAAGGUUUGACAGACUCCUGGCUAACAAAUGCACUUAAGUCUUUAUCAAUUAUUAGUACUAGGAGUAACUGCGUAAAUGUCUUGGUAACGACAACCCAACUGAUCCCAGCACUUGCGAAGGUUCUACUCUAUAGUUUAGGAGGUGCUUUCCCCAUUGAGAAUAUUUACAGUGCAACUAAAAUAGGAAAAGAAAGUUGCUUUGAACGAAUAAUGCAAAGGUUUGGCAGAAAAGUAGUAUAUGUUGUAAUUGGGGAUGGUGUAGAAGAAGAACAGGCAGCAAAAAAGCACAACAUGCCCUUUUGGAGGAUAUCAAGUCACUCAGACCUCUUGGCUCUACAUCAAGCACUGGAAUUAGAGUAUUUGUAACUGUGUUCUCUAGCUGGAGAUCCAUUUUUUUAUAUAUUUCAAGUACACUGAAUUUUAUGUGUGAUUCAAUGCCUCUGGCUUUACACAUAUAAAUUGUCUUAAAGGAUGAAAUCAUAUUUGGAAUGAAAAUUCCAGAAUGAAGAAUUCAGAUUGCUGAACGGGAUUAAACUUUAGUGCUACAGAAAGGAAGCUCUAUGGUCUUAUAUUUACAACACGUUAAUGGUUUAACACAACAAAACAAAAAAUAUCUGUGGAGGUUGCUGGUACACCGAAUGAGUCCUAACUGGAAUUAACAGUUUUAGCAAAGAACUUUUACCCUGGCAAAGCACCGACACGUGCUCCGUCUGACAAGGUGGUGUUCAACAACAUUCCUCACAACUGGAGAUCUUCUCAGCCCUGAGGUUUGAAUCUGACUUUAGCCUACCUAGCCCAGAAAAUCUGAAUUGGAAUGCACUCAGACUGUAUAAGGACAAUCCUAUCUAGACCUGUAAUUUGUGUAAAUUAUUGAUGAAGAUAAUUUACUGUGACUUUAUUAGCAGCUGACUUUGAAAGU